AUGGAGUCUCCGCUCCUCACACUAGGUGCUCUUCUCAGCACUAUGGCAAUGAUCUCUAACUGGAUGUCCCAGACCCUCCCCUCCCUGGCUGGGCUAAAUACAACGCGUAUUCCCACCAGCAACUCUCUGACUCUUGAGAGAUCACGUGGAAUAAUGCUCACCAACCCUCGGGAAGGCUGGCAGGUUUACAGCUCAGCACAGGACCCCGAUGGCCGCUGUAUCUGCACCGUGGUGGCUCCAGAACAGAACCUGUGCUCCAGGGAUGCAAAAAGCAAACAACUCCGUCAGCUUUUAGAAAAGGUGCAGAACAUGUCACAGUCAAUAGAGGUGCUGAAUCUCCGCACACAAAGAGAUUUCCAGUAUGUACAGAAGAUGGAGACCCAAAUGAAGGGUCUAAGGUCCAAAUUUAGGCAGAUUGAAGAGGAUCGGAAAACACUCUUAACUCGUCACUUUCAGGAUCUGAAAGAAAAAAUGGAUGAGCUCCAGCCACUAAUUCCAGUUUUGGAACAAUAUAAGACAGAUGCCCGGCUAAUUACACAGUUCAAAGAGGAGAUUAGAAAUUUGACUGGAAUUCUCACAACCAUUCAACAUGAGAUAGGCGCCUUUGACUAUGAAGACCUGCAUCAACGUGUCCUAGGACUGGAGACCCGACUGAGAGAUUGCAUGAAAAAACUAACUUGUGGAAAACUGAUGAAGAUUACUGGACCUAUUACUAUAAAGGCAUCCGGGCCAAGGUUUGGAGCAUGGAUGACAGAUCCUAUAGCAUCAGAGAAAAAUAAUCGUGUCUGGUACAUGGAAGGGUUUACAACCAGCAAAAUUGUGCGUGAGUACAAGUCAAUGGCAGAUUUUGUCACUGGGGCAGAAUCAAGGACUUACACACUACCAGUGAAGUGGGCUGGCACCAGCCACCUGGUAUACAAUGGGUCGUUGUACUUUAACAAGUACCAAAGCAACAUCAUAAUUAAGUACAGUUUUAGCACAGGGAAGAUUUUGGCCCAACGUAGUUUGGACAAUGCCGGAUUCAACAACGUCUAUCCUUACACAUGGGGGGGCUACUCUGACAUAGAUCUCAUGGCUGAUGAAUUUGGGUUAUGGGCUGUUUAUGCUACCAACCAGAAUGCUGGCAAUAUUGUUGUUAGCCAGUUACGACAGGAUACAUUAGAGGUGCUUAAAAGCUGGAGUACAGGAUAUCCUAAGAGGAGUGCUGGAGAGUCCUUUAUGAUUUGUGGCACAUUGUAUGUUACCAACAACCAUCUUACUGGGGCAAAGGUCUACUACUCAUAUUCUACCAAGUCCUCUACAUAUGAAUACAUGGACAUUCCCUUUCAUAAUCAGUACUUUCACAUAUCAAUGCUGGAUUACAAUGCUCGAGAUCGUGCCCUGUAUGCUUGGAACAAUGGACACCAGGUGCUUUUUAAUGUCACACUUUUUCACAUAAUCAAAACGGACAGUGAUGUCUGAGGUUCAACACAACCAGCCUUCCACCAGGGAGCACUAGCUCAUCUCUAUACAGUUUUUUCUACUUUACUCCAUCCAGUUUGUCUACAUCAUCCAUGCUUACUAUAACUCUACAUCUUAUUUUAUUAAUUGAUAAUCCAUCUGUUAUUUAUUUUCUCUUCUAUGCUAGGUACUUCUAGGGCCAUGCAAAAGUCAACAAUCAGUUAAGUAGAGCUGACAGACAUUUUAUGGAAGGCAACUGGUUUAUAUAAAGAUAUUUUUAGGUGUAUCAAACUAAAAGAUGUUUAGUGCAUACGAAUCUGUCUU